GUCAUUGCAAUGACGUAAAGUAUUUACUUCCGGUUGUUCUUCCGGGUGCAAGCUAGCAAACAACUGGUUCCCAGUCGAUGUUCUGCAAGCUAACAAGCAGACUCCGGGCUGAACAUGAACAUUCUCCCCAAGAAGAGCUGGCACGUCCGUAAUAAGGACAACGUAGCCCGGGUGAGAAGAGAUGAAGCUAAGGCAGCCGAAGAAGAGCGAGAAGCCAAGCGGAGAGUGGAGCGUGCAGAACAAGAGGCACGCACCGAGUUUCUGCGAAGAAAAGCCCGAGCCGCUUUGCAGACGGAAGGCGGCGUAAAUAGGGAGAUUACAAAGGAGGAACAUAGCGGAGCUUCAGAACAUCUCAACCUCUUCACAGUCGAGGAGUCUGUGGAAAAGAAGGACAAUGAAGAGUAUAUUAAGGAAAAGAAAGAGGAGCAGGAAAAACAAGAGCGCGCCAUCGGCUUGCUUGUCUCCCUCGGACCCCAGCCGGGUACCGAAGUCACUCCGUGGUACAUGAAAUCGGGCCCGGAGACGGAAGAAGAGAGGAAAGAAAGGGAGAAGAGGAAUGAACAGAGGAACGACAAAAGAAAAGAGUUAAGCGAGGAGGAGCGGGAGAAGAAGGAUCGCCGGUUGAAGGACAGUUUGGACCCGUUGAAGGAGAUGAAGAAAGCAAUGGGGGAGACGGCCGCCAAGAUACACAAGAGCAAGAAAAAGGACAAAAAAGACAGAGGGGAAAAAAGGAAAAGUGGGGAAAGCUCCAUUGAGAAACUCAGAGCGGAGCGUCUUCAGCGCGAGGCGGAGGAGCAGCGGCGGGCAAAAGCGCUGCUCGCUCAACGCAACGGCAAGGACAAGCGCGAGGACAUGGAAGUGAACGAGCGCGAACGGCCGUACAAUAGCGCCUACUUCCCGGAGCUGGCGCGCAAGCGGCAACGGCGUGACAGGGACAGCUGGAGGGACGAGAUUUUGAAAUUGUAAUUUUGUUUGUUUAUUCCCAAAAAUGAAACUUCAGUUGAGAAUUGGCGCAUGACGUAUUUUGUAAAUAUUCACGUAGAUAUUAUGAGUGACUUUGAUGUAUUAUACAAGUGACGGAAGUGAAGUCGCUAGCUAAGGUAUUACUUACUGUAUGUUGUCGACCUUGUUGAUGUAAUAUUGUAGUGCAGUUGUACACCAGUGCAAAACUACAACCCGUAGUAAAAUAAAUGCCUUAAAUAAAUAUUGCAUUGUGUGGAACUACUAAUACAGUAUAAUCUUUGAGAUGGGUUUUACCCAAGGGCGUAGGUUUGGUCUCAACAUUGGUAAGGACGAUAUAAUAGCAUAACCUGCAUGUACACUUUUUGCUCGGGAUGGGCCAUUAAUAAA